AUGCUGCGUCGCAUCAAUCGCUACAGAUUGGCUGGUCGCACCUGUUGUGUUGUGAAGUACAAAGCCGAUAACCGUUAUGAUGACACGAAAGUUGCAACGCAUGAUCUUCAGUUGCACGAUGCAAUCAGUGGCUUUAAAAUUUCUGAAGUUUGGAACGAUCUACUGAGCGCACAGGUUAUCGGUAUUGAUGAAGGACAGUUUUUUGAAGAUUUAGUGGACUGUUGUGAAAAACUUGCCAAUCUUGGAAAAAUCGUUAUUGUUGCCGCCUUAGAUGGGGAUUUUAACCGAAAGAGGUUUGAAAACAACAGUGUAGAUCUCUGUGCAUUAGCAGAGUGUGUAACGAAAUUAUCUGCAGUGUGUAAUAAAUGCGGUGAAGAUGCAGCAUUUACUUUUAGACUGACGUCCAACCUCAAACAAACCAGUCUUGGUGAAAUCCAAAUAGGAACAACAGAGCAUGUUUAUGGCAGAAUUGAACUGAUUCUCGGUCCAAUGUUUGCUGGGAAAACAACAGAACUUUGGCGCCGCGGUACUCGCCAUGCUUUAGCGGGUCGUAAGUGUUUGGUUGUGAAUUAUGACGAUGAUCGUCAGAAAUGUGCCGAGAAACCAUUUACUUACAACUCGCACCUUCUUGAGACAACCAGUGCUACAAGGUUGGAAGACGUUUACCAUCAGUUCGCGGAGUGUGAAGUCGCCUUAAUCGAUGAUGCGCAGUUUGUAUGCUUUUUUGCUUUACAUUUUGUUUCAUUAUCGUUUCUUGACGUGGUUGAUAUCACUGACCGUUUAGCGAAUUCUGGUAAGAUUGUGAUCGUUUCUGCUCUCGAUGGUGACUAUCAUCGUAAGCCGUUCACAAAUUCGAUCUUGGAUCUCUGCCCUCUAUCGGAAGCUAUUACGAAGCUCUGUGCCGUCUGCUGUUACUGCGACAGUGAUGCUGCUUUUUCGCGUAAAUUGACUAACAGUAGCACGGGAGAUGCAGCUAGUGAGAAGGUUAAGGCAUACCAAGCGGUGUGUAGAACUUGCUAUAUGCGAAACACCAAACCCUUAUCAGUUAUCCAAGAUUAUGAAGCUGUCGAAAAUGCUAUUGAAAGAGAGUCGAGUUGGGUUGGUCAAGGGUCUCAUGGUGGUACUGUCCUAGUUGGAUUUCGAAGGAAGAAUCGAAGUGAGUUAGCAGUCGUCGUGAAGUUUGUUCCUAUAAAGCUUGUCGAUUCUUCGCGUCCUUCACAAUCUUUCCUUUGGUGA